CCACUAGUAUUAGAUCAGAUAUAAUGAUGAUCGAGAUCAAUGAGUUACACUCUAUUUUCAACUUCUUUAUUAAAACUGGUUGGAUAUCCUCAUUCUCACAAUGUACCUCUGCACCUUCUCAAUCCAUCAUGACUUGCCAUGCCGCGCUCUUCCUUUUCUUUCUGUACUGGGCCUCUUCAAUACCAAGCUCUGCAAGCCGGAUAAUCACUGUGGCUGCUCCACUAUGGAAGGAUCCCACAACUCUCCAAUACGUAAUGGAAUUCGAGCACAAGACUCCCCUGCGGAAAGACAAAGUGGUCAUAGAUCUGGCAGGAGACUUCCUGUGGCUUCACUGCAAAACCGCGGCCUACAAAUCCUCCACCUAUCUUUUCAUCCCCUGUCACACUUCUCUCUGCACGGCCUCUGGAUCUGCCCUCUUCGGCUGCGGAGACUGCUCCAAGAUUCCUCCGGGAAAAAAAUCAUGCAGAAACAAUACAUGCAAGGAACUGGCAACGAAUGGAGUGACCGGGACAGAGAUCUUUAAUGCAGAACUCUCUCAAGAUACAGUUGCCUUGUAUCCCAGCGAUGGAAAGAAGGCAUCCUUAGCUUCCAAAAUAGUCGUUACCCAAUUCGCUUUUGCCUGCGCUCCGCCCAGUUUGCUGCAGGGCCUGGCAAAGGGGGCUGUGGGAAUGGCGGGGCUGAAUUGGGGGCAGCUGGCUCUGCCAUUUCAGCUCAAUGUGGCUCUCGAAUUAGAAAGGAAAUUCGGGCUUUGCUUGCCCGCAGGGGAUGCUCCGGGAGGCGUCUUUUUCGGCAGCCCGAAUUACCUCCGCGGCCCAGACAAGGAAUUCCCAUACAUCAAACUCAACUACACUUUUCUCCGCACUCCCAGGUAUCCCAUGGAAUAUUACCUCAAUGUUCAGAGCAUCGAGAUCAACGGAAAGAGACUGCCCAUCGAUCCGGAGCAUCUGAGAUUGAAUUUGCAGGGCAGUGGGGGAACUAAGCUGAGCACAGUGGUGGCAUACACGCAGGCUGCGACGCCCAUCUACACCGCCAUCCGUGACGGCUUUGUUAGGGAAGCGGAGGAGAUGGGCAUCUCACGCGUGGUGUCCAUAAAGCCUUUUGAUGCCUGCUUCGAUGCCGCAACAGUGGGCUCCAUUAAAACUGGACCCGCUGUGCCUGUGAUCGAUCUGGUUCUGGAUAACGAGUUUGUGUUUUGGAGGAUUUCUGGGGCCAAUUCCGUGGUUAAAGUGAAGGAGGGAGUAAUGUGUCUGGCAUUUGUAGAUGCAGGGGAGUUCCCUGUCGCAUCGAUGGUUGUGGGAAGUCAUCAGUUGCAGGACAACUUGCUGCAGUUUGACUUGGUGGAGUUUAAGCUCCAUUUCAGCUCCUCCUUGCUCGCCUCCAACACUGCCUGCUCCAACUUCGUCUUUGCUUGAUAUCCAUCCCCCUCACACGUUACCCAAAUAAAUCAAUCCCAAGCUUAAUUCGCUUAUUUGAAUGGGAUACUUCCUUACUUUCAUGCGUGUGCAUUACCUUUAAGGGAAUGUA